AUGUCCAAACACGAGCAUAAAUUUGUCAUUACACUGUUGGUGGAUUAUCUCAAGGUUCCCAACGGUAAUAUGAUUUAUGACCCUUCAACAGGUGUAGUGGGUCAACUAUUUCAUUUUAACCCAUCUGGAGUUAAAGAAUUAAUUGUACUAAAUGUUGCUAUUUAUCCAAAUAUAAUUCAUGUUCGAAAACCUAGCGUUCAACAUCCUGGAACUAGUGGCGCAAAUAUGCUUUGA